AUGGACAUUCAGAAAAUAACUCUCAUCUGCACUGGAGAUGCUUUCUCCAGAACAGAUAGUCUUUCUGCCUGUGUGAACAACAUCUCCACUGUUCGGUUUGUGAACAGCUACCUGGAAACUGUAGACUUCCCAGAAAAUACCAGCAUACACCAUCUUGAAUGCAAGGACACUAGGUUUGAACGUGUGCCUGUUGAGAAGCUAGCUUCCUUGAAAGAGCUAAGAGUGCUCCGCAUCACCAAUACCAAUAGCCUCACUGAUUUUGAUGUGAAAAGAAGAUUGACUUUUCAGAAACUUAAGAUCCUCGAUCUCAGCAAUAACAACAUUAAUAUGCAUCUUUGCUGGUCUUGUUUCAGGGAACGGUUUUCCGAACUGAGGGUUUUGAACCUUAGCUUCAACCCAUUAGUCAUAGUGCAAGCAGAGUUCAUUGGCCCAACCAAAUUGGAAUCUUUGGAUUUACAGCACUCUAAACUAAGAGGUCCAGGACUAGUCCCUGCUUUUAUGUGCCUUAAGAAUCUAAUCUACCUUGAUAUCUCCUACACCGGCAUUUCAAUUCACACAGAAUGUUCAUUUUGUGGCUUGGACAGCCUGGAAGUACUGAAAAUGGCUGGCAACUCUUUUAAGAACAACCAGGUGGUUAAUACCUUCACAAAUGUCACUAAACUGAAGAGCCUGGAUAUUUCCAACUGCAAACUGCAGCAUGUCUCUUUCAGUGGCUUUGACCUCCUCCAUGACCUCCAUGAACUGGACAUCAGCAACAACAAGCUCCUGGAUAUCCAUCCAGAGUCCUUCAUACACCUAAGGGCCCUCACCAUCCUGGAUGUCCAUUGUAACCAGUUGAUCACCUUGACCAAGAAGCAUCUGGAGAACUUGCCGAGCGGCUUGAAGAAACUGGACCUUUCUCACAACCUUUUUGACUGUUCUUGUGGUUGCUUGGACUUCCUGCAGUGGGUUAAGGAACAUGAGGAUGUCCUUAUGCGUGCAGAUAUGAUGAAGUGUCACAGCCCCUCAUAUUUAGAAGAUACACAGUUGAUGCAUUUUGACAUAUCUUAUUGCCAGGUCAGUACAACCACAGUGGCAGUUUUAGUGAGCAUUUCUGUGGUUGUGGUCUUGUCAUUGAUUCUGGUUUAUAAGUUCUACUUCCACUUGUAUUAUAUGAUGGUGUUGCUCAGUGGAGGCCAUUCCUCUACUGAUCAUAACAAAAUCUACGAUGCCUUUGUUAUCUACUCCAGCAAGGACCAAGUGUGGGUGAGGCAAGAGCUAGAGGGAACACUUGAAUCGGGAGUGCCACAUUUCCGCCUCUGCCUCCACUAUCGAGACUUCAGGCCCGGUGUGCCUGUCAUCACCAACAUUAUCAAAGAAGGCUUCCAUAGCAGCCGGAAAGUCAUUGCUGUGGUCUCCACCCACUUCAUGGAGAGUCGUUGGUGUAACUUUGAACUUGAAGUUGCUCAGUCUUGGCAGCUACUGGAUAGCAAGGCCAGCCUCAUCUUCGUUGUCCUGGAUGGUGUGGACAAAGCAGUUCUGCGAUCGAAGCUGGGGUUGUUCCGCUACUUGCGGAGGAAUACCUACUUGGUAUGGAAGGACAGGGAAGUCAACCGGCAUGUUUUCUUGAGGCAGCUGAAGGCAUCCUUGCUUGAUGGCAAAACAUGGACCGAGGAUGAGCUGAGAUCAAUGCUGAUGAAGUAG